AUGGCGAUAGCGAGAACCGGUGUAUUCGUGGACGACUAUUUGGAAUAUUCGAGUACGUUACCCGCGGAGCUUCAGAGGUUGCUCAACACCAUUCGAGAAUUGGAUGAGAGAUCCCAAGCGAUGAUAAAUCAGACAAGGCAGCAAACCAAGUACUGUUUGGGAUUGGCAUCUCAGGGAAAUGGGGGAUUAUUCUCAAGGAAAUAUGGUGUCAACAGCGAUGAAGACGAUGAAGCAAUUGAAAAGCUUCAAAAAGAUAUUGAGGCCAACCAGGACAGUGCACUCAGUCUCUGUACAGAAAAGGUUCUAUUGGCCCGACAAGCUUAUGAUCUCAUAGAUAGCCACGUAAAACGACUUGAUGAGGAUCUGAACUACUUUGCAGAAGAUCUGAAACAAGAAGGAAAAUUAGCACCGGAUGAUCCAGUUGUACUUCCUCCAUUACCUUUAUUUCCCAAAAAUGAAAGACGCAAACCAAUUUAUGGAACUCCUCAGUCAAAGAGGUUUGACUACAGGGAUCGGGAUUGGGACAGGGAGCGUGAUAGAGAUUUUGAGCUUAUGCCUCCUCCGGGGAGCCUUAAAAAGGAUUUUUCUUCACCUGUUGAGCUUGAUCAGCCUAUUGAUCCAAACGAACCUACCUACUGCGUCUGUCAUCAGGUAUCUUUUGGUGAUAUGAUUGCUUGCGACAAUGAAAAUUGCCAAGGGGGCGAAUGGUUUCAUUAUGCUUGCGUUGGCCUGACUCCAGAGACGAGGUUUAAAGGAAAGUGGUAUUGCCCAACUUGUAGGCAAUUACCACACUGA